AUGGAAUCCUCACCAACUCGGACCAUCACAGCCUCUGUGGCGGGCGUGAAGCGUCCUGCCUCUCUGUUGCCUGCUUUUGAACCCUUGAGCUCGUCUCCCUCUCUUCCCAGGCCCCAGAAGCGUGUUGCACGCGAACCUGCUGUUUCUACUUACCCGACCCCGGUGCCAACCUCCUCGACCCAUAUUAUGUCGUCGUCGCCUCCUCCGGGUGUCGCUGCUGGUCGCUCCUCGACGCGUCGAACCUUCUCUGCCCCCUCUGAACGAACUCCCUUGUCCGCCGUGCCAACUCUGAUGCUGCCCGAAAAUGGCGAACCGAUGCUGAUGGGCCGGUCCAGUGCUUCGUGUCACCACCAGCUGGCUAAUAGCCGAAUGAUUUCUCGUGUGCAUGUGAAGGCAACAUAUAAACCGGCACCGAACCCCUUCGAUCGGGACCGGGUGGAGAUUAUGUGUAUGGGCUGGAAUGGAAUAAAGAUUCACUGCCAAGGAAAGAAAUAUGAUUUGGCCAAGGGGAAGACAUUUACGUCCGAUAUCAAAGAUGCCGACAUCAUGGUUGACGUGCAUGAGGCUCGCGUUUUGGUGCAAUGGCCGCGCAACGAACUCGACAGGAAGGACUGCCCAUCUACGGACUCGGAACAGACUUGGGAUGAAGCAACUCCUACACAGAGAAAACCCCGGCGGGUGCUGCAGGAUAGCCCAUUCCCAGAAAAUGACCGUCUGGGCUCCCCCGUCUCCCCAUCUCCUGCAGUGCAACGAGCAAUCCCCCCGUCAUCACCUCUUUUUACUCCUUCUCGAGCUCGUAGUGCGGUGGUGGUCUACGAAGAUGAGCCUUCUCCCUUGAAGCGUCACAACACUGUCACUGGUGUGACAUCCCAGAGUGCUCGUCGUGCUAGUGCCAUGCUCCAGAUUUCCCAAUCGAGUGAUAUCAGUCGAGUCGAGGAGGACUCGGAUAAUGAUGAAGAAAACGACCCGAUAAUCCAUUCCUUUGGUCCCUUUGGUGAAAACUUGCUCCCUCGCAUGGCUUCCUUCCGUGCAGAUGACUCGCCUUCUCGCACUGGCCGCUCGCCGCGCAGCCUGCUGCCUGCGCAGCCCCUUCGUCCCACCCAGUCCCCCAGACAGCCAUCUAUUUCUCACGAAAUUAAAGAACAGGGCGAGAUCAAGGAAAAGCCCCCGAUUGAAGAUGAAAGCUUCGAGCGCGUUCGUAACCACGCCGUCAACCAGCUCGCCUUCUCGCGCCUCUCCUCGACCCCCUUCUCAACGAUCCUGAACAACCUCCCGCCCACCUUCUGGCGAUCCAGCUCCAAUAUGUCCGGCCCGUCCCGCGGUGAAAUCCGCUAUCUUCUCGAAAAUACCAAGUGCAUUGGCAAGGUUGCCCGUGAAGGCAAGGAUGCCGCCGGCAAGCCUCUUGAAAGCGAAUACUAUUAUGUUCCAGAUUUUGAUGAAGAUGACAUGCGGCGCGAGACAGUGGUGAACAACCUCCGGAAACCUGGCCUCCGCAACUGCCGCAAGCAGCACAAGCAAUACUUCUGGAAAAAGCCGAAAUAA